UCUGCUGUAUGUUGUGAAUGUGAAUCGAAGCUGCAAGAUCAUUCAUUGGAAGCAGUAUAGCAGUAUCAGCAAAGACUACAAUAAUAACAAAUAUGGAAGGGUGUGGAGAUCAGUGAGGGAAGUAAAGCCCUUGUGAGGGAUGGUGAUGAUGGUGUUGAGGGUGAAGGGUGGUGGAGGAGAGUAGUCAGCCAGUGACCCAGUGCUCCACCCUCUUCCCCUCUGCCCUGCCCCUUCCUACUCCACUGUGAGGUUGUUAUGGGUGGCCUGUGGGUGGCAGUCUCAACCUGCCUCCACUGCAGACAUUACUGAGGCAGCCCUGGCUGGCCCAUCAGGUACAGCAAUCAAAUUGGAAGCAGUGAGGAGCCCUGCCAAGCGUGCUUGGAGGAAGGGUGGCAAGACAGGGGAGGACGAGGCAGCCACAGGAGCCUCUGAGCGUGCACUGAGGCACCUUGCUGAUUGGGUUCGGCAACUCAGUGUAACCACAGAAAAAGAAGAAAACAGCGCCAAGCUGCACCCUCGGGUGGACAAGGCUAGCAGCACUAGUAGAAGCAGCACCCCCACCGGCCCUAUGCCUCUCCUGAGCCCAAGGCCCAGUCCUAAGAUGGCCGCUACGCCCAGCAACUCUAACCUCUUCUACACAGUAGAGGUGGGCGACACCCGCUUCACUAUCCUACGCCGCUACACUAACCUCAAGCCCAUCGGCUCUGGGGCCCAAGGCAUUGUCUGUGCUGCAUAUGACUCCGUGACACAACAGAGUGUGGCAAUCAAGAAGCUGUCACGGCCCUUCCAGAAUGUGACUCAUGCCAAGAGGGCCUACAGGGAGUUCAAGCUUAUGAAAUUGGUCAACCACAAGAACGUGAGCACCAGCAGGGAGCAGGGAGGAGCUGGGGGAGCUGGGGAGGAAGAGGGAAGGAGGGAGGAGAGAGCUUACAGGGAAUUCAAGCUCAUGAAGCUGGUCAACCACAAGAAUAUUAUUGGUCUUCUGAAUGCCUUCACACCCCAAAAAUCUCUGGAUGAAUUCCAGGAUGUAUACUUAGUGAUGGAAUUAAUGGAUGCCAACCUAUGCCAGGUGAUUCAGAUGGACCUUGACCAUGAACGUAUGUCUUAUCUUCUCUACCAGAUGCUGUGUGGCAUCAAGCACCUCCAUUCUGCUGGAAUUAUUCACAGGGAUCUCAAGCCCAGCAACAUUGUGGUGAAAUCUGAUUGCACUCUCAAGAUCCUAGACUUCGGACUUGCUCGAACAGCAGGCACUACCUUCAUGAUGACUCCUUAUGUGGUUACCAGAUACUACCGUGCUCCUGAGGUGAUUCUUGGCAUGGGCUAUACAGAAAAUGUGGACAUCUGGUCUGUUGGGUGCAUCAUGGGAGAAAUGAUUCGAGGAGGUGUUCUCUUUCCUGGCACAGAUCAUAUUGACCAGUGGAAUAAGAUUAUAGAGCAACUAGGAACUCCUUCACAAGACUUUAUGUCCAGAUUACAGCCAACUGUUCGCAACUAUGUUGAAAACCGUCCUCGCUACCCUGGCUACUCCUUUGAUCGUCUUUUCCCUGAUGUUCUUUUUCCUGCCGAGUCUACUGAUCACAAUCGCCUAAAAGCAAGCCAAGCUCGUGAUCUCCUGUCUCGCAUGCUGGUGAUUGACCCAGAACGCAGGAUAAGUGUGGAUGAAGCACUCAUGCACCCUUACAUCAAUGUUUGGUACGAUGAGGCUGAGGUCAAUGCUCCUGCACCUGGACCAUAUGACCAUAGUGUGGAUGACCGAGAACACACAGUGGAUCAGUGGAAGGAGUUGAUUUACAAGGAGGUGAUGGACUAUGAAUUGGUGUACAACACCCCAGGAGGUGGGGCAGGGCUGGUGGUGCCCAUGGAACACCUAAUACCCAUGCUCCACCCUCAGCUGCCACCAAUGCUGCUGCAGAUGGGGAUCCUGAUCAUCGUCCUAAUCAUAGAUAGGGCUGCCCUUAGCCCUCCUAACAGCCCAGCACUCUCCGCCCUACCUUAGUCCCUCACCCCAUUCCACAGCUGCUCACUGAUGUGGGAGGAGGCUGAGGCAUGCUACUGGAAAGAACUGUUGGCUCUGGCUUGUUUGGAAAGUUGUUUUUCUUGACUUGGGAACUUGGUUGUUUGACUACUUGUGUUCGCUGAGCCUGGUAGUAGCCCUUGUAUUGUGCUUAAGUGAGAUGGUUUUGAAACCACUUAUCCAAGUCAGAUGGCAUCACCAGCCCAAAUCCAUGCACUUUCAACUGUUUGAAAUUAUCCUUAUACUGGUUGACUGAGGCACGGAUGCAUCUUCAUCAAUUCUUAGUUUCUGCGACCGACAUAUGAUGAAAAGAGUGAAAGUGGAUGUAUGAGAAAGUAAAAACAUAAAACAUCAUGAACAUUCAGAUUCACAUAUGCAAUUUUAGGAUUCUGAAUAAACUGUAGAUAUUU